AUGUCGUCGGCUGCCCUACAAACAGCCCCCCAUCAACACACCGCUCUGGCUUCGUCCCCCUUGGGCACACCGUCGUCCCGCCAGUACAGGCCCUCGCAAUCAUCCCCUAACAGCCAGGCGUACAAUGCCCAGCAGACCUCGACCGCUUCUUCAUCUUCGCGACGACCUCCUUCAAGAAAAACGAACGACGGCGCUCCAUCGCCUUCUUAUCAUCUAACUCCCGGUUUCGGUUCAACCGUCACCGCUUCAGCGGCCAACCACCAAGAACCACCUGCCUCUGACUGGCAAGGCAACAUGCCUCCUGUCGCUCCUCCCCGGAGCUCCUCUAACCACCAGAGUGGUAACUCGCGAAGGUCUCAUUAUUCUAACGAAAAGCCUUCAAGUUCACCCCGCCGAAACGAAUCCACACGAACUGGUUCGCGUGGUGAACAAGCUGCUGCAGAGAAUGGCUACAGAAACAGCAAGGCUGACACUGCUGCCCGAGCCAGCAGCCGAGAUGGCAAGGCCGCACCAUCGUCAUUGCCUGUUCGAUCCGCCCACAGCACGCCCUCAAAACCUGUCCACGAUGCCACUGACAGCUUAACAAAAGCCAUUGCUGCUGCCCAAGACACCAUCGACCGGGAUCGCAACCAUGCCUCAAACCAACACAACGCAGACGAUUCAGCCGCGCCUCCCCCUGUUGUCGCAACAGGUGAACAUGGCGAAGAACGAAGGCAGCGAAGCCGACACGACCACAGCCGAAGCAACAAGGGCAACACCAAAUUUGGCGAUUUUAUCCUAGGCAACACCAUUGGUGAGGGUGAAUUCGGCAAGGUGAAGCUAGGCUGGAAGCAGGACAGCAGCGUUCAAGUUGCCAUUAAGCUCAUCAAGAGGGACACCGUCGGAAGCAAUCCCUCUCGAUUUGCUAAGAUUUACCGCGAGGUUGCCAUCCUUCGCGGGGUUCAGCACCCCAACAUUGUGCGUCUGAUCGACAAGGUCGAGACAGACCGACACAUUGGUAUCAUCCUUGAAUACGCAUCCGGUGGUGAACUUUUCGAUUAUAUCCUCAACCACCGUUACCUUAAAGAUAAUGCCGCUCGUCGCUUGUUUGCCCAGCUUGUGUCGGGCGUUGGUUACCUCCACAAGAAGGGAAUAGUACACCGAGAUUUGAAGUUAGAAAACUUGCUUCUCGACCGCAACCGCAACAUUAUCAUCACCGAUUUUGGCUUUGCAAACACUUUCGAUGCCCACGAGGAAUUGACCAAGGAGGAGGAGCUAAACCUUACCGACAAGGAGUUCGUGAAGCGAAUGGGCUUGGAUCGAGUCAAGAUGAACGGGUCCAGGAAGGGUGAUCUCAUGCAGACAAGCUGUGGAAGUCCUUGUUAUGCUGCACCUGAACUGGUUGUCAGCGAUUCUCUAUACACCGGUCGUAAGGUGGAUGUUUGGAGUUGUGGUGUGAUUCUGUACGCCAUGCUUGCCGGCUACCUCCCCUUCGAUGACGAUCCUGCCAACCCCGAAGGAGACAAUAUCAACCUCCUAUACAAGUAUAUCGUUACGACUCCUUUGACCUUCCCUGAAUAUGUCACCCCUCACGCCCGAGACCUUCUCCGCCGCAUUCUCGUUCCCAACCCCCGCAAGAGAGCGGAUCUGUUCGAAGUCGCUCGACACAGCUGGCUGAGCGAAUACGCCAAUCUUGUCGAGUUCAUCACCAGCACGACAACACUACCUUCCGAGGUACCCGACUCGGGUGUCUCUCCUGACGACUACGCCGAGGCGCCGUCCGUCGCCCGAAGCAACUCGGUUCGCGAGGCUUCGAAGCACAAACAAUCCCAUCCCCCUGUUGUUGGUGGAUUGGCCAAGACGCACGGCAGUGUUGAUCCCGAGUCUGAGGCUGCUCAUCGCAGCACACCCAAGGAUGCCAAGCGAAGAACAGUUCAGGUCGAAUACGUGGCUCCUACAACCAAAACCCAGCGUGGUGCUGAUGCUGCGCCUUCGAAACCCAGUUCCCACUCGCUACAGCAGCAGCAACCUGCCGAUACGCCAGAGCCUGUUACCGAGAAGCCCCUGCCUCGUGAACCGCCACUGACCAAGGACAACCCCUCUCGUGCUCAGCAGUCGAGACGUCCUCAGAGCUCACACAAGAACGCACCUCCUCCUCAUAGGCCGUCCCGUGACACUCGCGCCACUUCCGACAACGCUUUUAUGACUGGUGGAACUACUACGACAAGGCCGCGAACACAGGGAUCUAUGCAAUCCUCCACCUCAAUGGGUCUGCAGUCUCAAGCCAACUAUGGCCAGCCUGCACCACCUACUAUCGCCGAUACAAAUGCUCACGGCCGAAUUCAACAACCUCAAAACCCUGAGGACGAAGGCAAUAUCGCCAAGGAUGUUGGCAGUGUUCCUCCUAAGGUGAUGAAGAUGUCGACAUUCCAGAACGAGACAAAGACGUCCGGCAGAGGGCAUAAGCGAUCAAACACUCUGGGUGAUAUUGGCAGCAAAAUCAUGGGUCGUAGUGGAUCUAUCUUUGGUGGCCGAUCUAAGAAGCGACCCGAGCAGCAACAACAACAACAACAACAACAACAGCAGCCCGAAAAGUCAUCGCGGAAGUAUCCCCCUGUCAGCAUGUCAAACACCAUGUUGCCAGGCGAGGACGCUGGCCCCAGACCUUCAAUGGAUUCGAAGGCUUCUAGACGAUCCUUCUCGAUUGGUCUUGGUAAGAAGCGUAGUGGCAGUGUUCAAGGCUCAGGCGACAAGCAGAACCGUCGAUUUUCUUUGGCCAAGGCUAUGGGCCUAGGCAGAAACGAGGGAAGCGUGACGGGGUCUGAAGCGGAUUCACAGCAGGAUCUGCCCAUUCAGCAUCCCCGGACUGAGCAACUCCGCGGCUACAGCGCUCACGAUGAGCCUCGACACAGCGAGCCUUAUUUCGAUGCACCCUACGAACAAUACCCCCAGCGUGACACAGCACAAUCCAGCCCUGUGUACAACACGCGAUAUGGAUCUCAGCAACAAGACGGCCGAAGACCUAAUGCCAUACCCACUUAUAUUCAGGGAGGUAGCCAUUUAAACACUGGCUCAGAUUCAUCUGUGGACAUGCGACGACCGAACGACUCACGAUCUCGCCCGUACCAAGAAGACUUUUCCGGGUCUGAAGGUUACGAUGGUCGCCCAAUUGGAAGUAGCCGCGAGGACCGUCCUGGUGUGCUUCACAAGAGCCACAAGAAGUUCGCGGAUGCUUACGAUGGAGAGAACUACCGUGGUCACGAAGGAAGCAGCGGAGCCGCAAAGCGUGUCAUGGACUUCUUCAGGAGACGUGGAAAGGCGAGGGGUGGAGAGGACCGGUGA